AUGGAGAACGUAGAAUUUGUACAGUGCGUGACAACCUACAUUUACGAAUGGCAAGAGCCCUUGUACUGCCUGACCUCUGCCCUUUUCACCUUCAUCAUACCCCUCCUCAUCAUCAUGACCUCCUAUGCCCUCAUUUUCCGCACCAUCUCUAAAAAAUCUCUAGAGUAUAAACUGACCAAUCAGAAUCGGGGUGACAGUAGUGGCUUGGAUAUCAGCUACAGUAGUAACACUGUAAAUAAUCGUCGUAAUUUUAGCAGUAGCGCUGCCAAUACCAACGUGAAUGUCAAGGUCAAGAGUGCAAAGGUCAGGACCGGGGUUGGAGAGCGUUUUGGCGGGAGUGGUAGUAAUAGUCGCCGCCGGAAGUGCUGUUUUAGUAAUGACGUCAUCCGGUUGAAUGUUUAUAAGGGUAGGAAGUAUUAUAACGACGAACUUUGGGGUGAUGAUAAUGUAAACAAUAACAAUAAUAACAACAACAACAAUAAAAAUAAUAAUAAUAGUAUUAAUAAUAAUAGCAGUAGCAAUAAUAACAUUAAUAAUUUAAAUAACGGUAACGUUCAGAACAUGGCGUCAAUUAAUGCUAAUAAGAAUAACAACAAUAACAAUAACAACAACAACACGAAUAACAAUAACAACAACAACAUGAAUAAUAAUAACAACAACAGUAACAGUGGGCCCUGCAACAAUGUUAAUAAUAACAAGAUUACUAAACACCACAAUAGUAGUAGUAGCAGCAGUAGUAACAACAACAACAACAACAACAUCAACAACAACAACAAUAAUAAUAAUAAUAACAGCCCCGUUGAAAAAAUGAUCCAUAAUGUUAAUAAGAAUACUAAUAAUAAUAUUAAGAAGAAAAAGAAUAAGAAGAAAAAUGGGAAGAAGAAGAAAAAAAGAAGAAGAAGAAGAAGAAGGAGAAGAAGAAGAAGAAAAAUAAUGAAAAGAUGA